AUGCGAUCGACUAUUUUCUUUUAUCCUCUUUGCACCGUCGGUGAGUUCUUCACCUUUGUCACCCCACUGCUGCUGCACUUCAUCACCAAGAACUAUGUGACGGAACUGCACUAUAAUCCCCAAACGGAGGAGAACACAGCCACUACAAUUAGCCUACUUCUGCAAAAAAUCAAGACGAAGUUCCGACCCAACGAUGUGGUUGUUCCAGAGGUUCCCGGCAUGUUUACCUCUUUUCUGGUCAACAAGCGACGCCUUUUCGUGGAUCCCGCCUUUUCUGACGAUCCCGAGCACUAUGUUAAAAUCUUGGGAUACACAAAUCCAUUGAUUUCCAAUUGAA